AUGGAAGUGAAGCAUCAAGACGAAGUGGAGACACGUACUUUUGGACUGCGUGAUCAUAUUUUUCGUGUGAUCUACAAAGCAAAAAGCGGUAUUCAUGUUUCGUGCAGCCUGUGCAGAUUCUUCAAAUACAAACGGAUCCAGUGCCCGCUGGCGUUGCAAGAAGAAGAGCUCCUACUUCUUUGCAAUUCGGAGCAGCGCUUAAAAAUCCUCAUUCUUUUGUAUCGGAGUCCAUUCUCUUCGAAUUUGAUUUAUGUCACGUACUUAGGCAACACUUUCCAAGUGCCAGCUUGCAGUUCCAGCUCUGACAUAAAUUCAUUUGAGCUUCGUGGCCACCUAGAAUUUCCACAUAAUUUUUCAAAAACGUCUUACGAGCUUCGGACAAUUCGAUCACUCUGCAGGGAGGUACUGAACAUGAAGAUGAUUUCCGCUAGGGGCAGCGUUACAAAAAACGCCCCUGUUGCUGCACUUGUGCAGGUGGUUGCUCCUGCUACCUCGCGCUGUCACAAGCUCCUCCCUACGAUAGGUUUUUCAGGCGGUUGCGGAUUUCGAAGAUGUUCCUUGCCGUAUCCGUGCUUCAAGCCGAACAGGGUUAGAUUUUUCUCCGUGGUCGCCAGUCACCUACAAUCUUCAUUUUCCAACACUGCGGCAGAGCGACCGGUGGAAGGAUCAUCUGCGACCACGACGGUGCCCGCAUCAUCCGAUAAUGAGGGAAUGGCUUGCUCCACCAAGGGCGAGAAUUUAGAGGAAACCAACAGCAACAGCACUUCAACCAGCCCGACGGUCGUUCCAUCCGUUGGAACUACUGAAGAUGUCGGCGCCGUUUUCGGCUCAACCACAGCUGUCUCUACUACGAAUGAGCCCGCCGCGGCGGGGGCUCGUCCGUCGGGAUCAGUACCGAAAAAGAUGACUGGUACUGUGAAAUUUUCUGCCCACGGUUUUGGGUACAUUGCGGUGGACGGUGAAACGAAUAGACAGGGCGAUCCAUUAGAAAUCCGUUUCAACAAGAAUCAGUGCGUCGAGCGGCUUCCGAAGAAGGGAGACAAGGUGGAGUUCGAGAUGGAAACGCUGGCGGCAUCUGGGAACACGGUGGCGAGGAAAGUUGUGGGUGGCACCGGGCCGGAGAAGGGCAAGGCGAAGGCAGCAAAGCUUUUGGCAACGGCCGCGGCGGGCGCCGGGGUAAAUGAGAAGCAGCCCCUUCCGAUGGAUCUCUUUUCGUCAAAUGUUGCCGCGAACGAGUCCUCGAGUGUGGCGAGCAUGAACGAGGUACGACACAUGUUUUCCAGUCUGGUCAGCUUGAUUUCCGCGCAGCAAGCUCAGCUCGCGCAGAUGCAGGAUGAGAUUGCGAAGCUUGGAGGCAGGAGGGGUGCUGCUAUCGCAGUAGGGAAAAAAUGAUAGUGCGAGGACGAGUGAAGACAUUGUUACGGACGGCGCGGUACUACGAAGUGACUGACUGCUCUGAUAACGCGAGGAACUACAAGGCGCGGGACAUGUAUACAAAGACAAAAAUAGAAUCAGAUCGCACCAGGCGCUUCGAAAGCGGCCCAUGGAAGAUAGAUAAAUUGCUUUUUCACUUUUUGUCUCUCCUGCAUGCGAU